AGCCCGUAACGACGUCCUUUAGUGGUUUUGAGACCUUUCCUUCUUUAAACGUGUCGCUAAAUUUUUUUUAACGUAGUUUAACUAAUCUGUGUACAUGUAAUUACAUUUACAUAACAAAGACUUUUAUUGUGAAGAGGAGUUUGACUGUGCUGGGCGUUUUCGUCUCUGUCCAGGUUCACGUCGCCGGGAUCAUUAAAAAGCAGCUUGUUGGCGAUAAAAGCAGCUAGCAUGGAGGUAGCUUUCAGUCUCUAGCUGUUUCUGCUGAUGGUGUGUUUCGCUGUGAGUUUAGCUCAGGGACAGUUUGUGGGUAUUGCAUCACUGACCGGAUGAUGUCCGCCCAGCCUCUGCGGCAGCAUCAGCAGCCCGGGGAGGAUUCAGCAGCUUGCUAACAGAGCCAGCCCGGCUAGCUGAUGCUGAUGACUGGCUGUUUCCUGGCAUUGACUUUCAGUGGGAGGCACCAUGUCCGGUAAGGUUAAGUGGGUGACAGAUAUUGAGAAAUCAGUGCUUAUCAACAACUUUGAGAAAAGGGAAUGGAUUCAAGUUACAGAAAACGACGACUGGAAUUUCUACUGGAUGAGCAUUCAGACCAUCAGGAAUGUGUUCAGCGUGGACACCGGUUACCGCCUGUCAGAUGACCAGAUGGUUAACCACUUUCCCAACCAUUAUGAGCUGACAAGGAAAGACCUGAUGAUCAAGAACAUCAAACGCUAUCGCAAGGAGCUGGAGAAAGAAAGCAGUCCGUUAGCGGAGAAAGACGAGAAUGGAAAAUACAUUUAUCUGGAUUUCGUCCCGGUGACGUUCAUGCUUCCUGCUGAUUAUAACCUCUUUGUGGAGGAGUUUCGUAAGAAUCCGUCCAGCACCUGGAUAAUGAAGCCCUGCGGGAAGGCCCAGGGGAAAGGCAUCUUCCUCAUUAACAAGCUGUCCCAGAUUAAAAAGUGGUCGAGAGACAGCCGCACCUCAACGUUUGUAGCAGCAUCUAGUGGCAAGGAAGCUUAUGUCAUCUCUCUGUACAUUGACAACCCUCUGCUGAUAGGGGGGAAGAAGUUUGACCUGCGUCUUUAUGUCCUGGUGACCACAUAUCGACCCCUGAAAUGCUACAUGUAUAAGCUGGGCUUCUGCCGGUUCUGCACAGUGAAGUACACACCCAGCACCAGUGAACUGGACAACAUGUUUGUGCACCUCACUAACGUGGCCAUCCAGAAACAUGGGGAUGACUACAACCAUGUCCAUGGAGGGAAGUGGACGGUCAGUAACCUCCGUUUGUACUUAGAGAGCACCAGAGGAAAGGAGGUGACAAACAGAUUGUUUGACCAGAUCCACUGGAUCGUGGUGCAGUCACUGAAGGCUGUAGCUCCUGUGAUGAACAAUGACAAGCACUGUUUUGAGUGUUACGGGUAUGACAUCAUUAUUGAUGACAAGUUGAAGCCAUGGCUUAUUGAGGUCAACGCCUCUCCCUCGUUGACAUCCAGCACAGCCAAUGACCGCAUCCUUAAGUACAACCUCAUCAAUGACACCCUAAACAUCGUAACACCCAAUGGGGAUAUUCCAGACUGCCGCUGGAAUCGGAGUCCGCCUCGGGAGGCCCUGGGCAACUAUCAAGUCCUGUAUGACGAAGAGCAGGCGCAGAGCGAGAAUGCUGAACGUGACCUGCGGAGCCGUUCCGGUCAGUCACUUGGGUCAAAGGGCACCAAGGGGAGUGCAGGCGUUCGCCCCACUGCCGCCACCUGGAAGUGAAGCGAUAAUUUUUCCUUCAAAUUAACUUCCUGUACAACACUCCAGGGAACUUCUGUGGGGAACCACUUGGACUUCUUUUUUUAGCACAUUGGACAGAUGCUCCCUCCGUCCACAUUUCACUGACUGUGGCACAGGGAGCAAUGGCACUGCUGCUCAAUGGAGAAAAAUCAGCUAUGUGCUCACAUUGAGAAGGUUGAAAAGCUUGUGUUUGUCACUGUUGUUAUGAAUGUAAAACAAAAUAAGUGGAACUGACAGUGCUCUGACAGGUUUAAGGUCAAAUCAAGUAGGUCAAAUAUCACAUACAGCAGCGGUUUCCACACUUAAGACAAGUGCUGAUGAAAAGACAAGUGCUGAUGAAAUCUUCAGAGAUGGACACGAAGGAUUACUAUGCAUGACAUCGGAUUGCUGACACUUUAACUUGACCUUCCACACCGGUGCUAAUGAGAACAUACACUGUAUGGUAAUGAAGUGGUAUAAAGUUAUCAAAUAGAAGUGAUUUAAAUAUUGAAUUUAAUAAAAGGCAGAAUUAGCAGUAUUAAAUGUUAACAGACUUUAUUAAUUUUUUGUACGUUCAUUAUCAGUAUGUUUUGCGGGGUUUUGAUGAUUGUAUUCCUCUUGCACUUUAUUUCUUUACAUGUGCUUUAAAAAGUAUGUCUCAUCGUUCAUUUCGACUCUGACCCGUUGUCACAUCUGCUAAAAAUUUAAAUGCUAAUUAUAUGUGUUGAGAUGUUUUCUUAUUGCCUGCUCAUUUCCUUCAACUACUAAAAAGCUGAAACACUGAUGAAGAGUUAUCGUCCAUCUUUCUGAUAACUGGAUUGGGGCUAAAUGAUAUUGGCGACAAGCUGAGAAAUAAAUCUUGGUCUUUUAAAAUAAAGUUACAAAACUCCCUCUUACCUUACUGAGUCUGUUUUGGGCUGCUGCUAACAUUUUUUCUGUAAUUUUUUAUUUUUUCCAUGAAUUCACUAAUGACUUUGCCUGUGAAAUGAUAUAAGAUGUAUUAAAAAUUAAUUACAGAAGGUGUAACUUGAAAAGGUUUUCAAAAGUUCUGCAUUUAUUACUACUUCCACUUCUAGUUCAAGUCAACAAUCAGGAGUAUUAUCCAUGAUCAUUUUCUCCAAAAAGCAACGAAAAGACAGUGAAAGGGUUUAGAGAAACGUGUCUGCCAUCAAAUUGUGAUUAAACAAGGUUGAAACAGUAUGAUUCAGCUCUGCCCUGACACAGUGUCCAAUGUGCUGUUUUCUGUGUAAUUAAAUGCUGCUUUUCUUUAGUUGCAUUAUGUGUGCGGAGUUAUGAUUUGAAAUAACAAGCUGUGUAAAAAAGUACAGCUUUCUUUACUUUACUAAAUUCAUUCUGUUUAAAUAAAAAGCUUUCAGGUUACUGUUAGGGCGGGCGGGUUGUAGUCUUUGUUGAAAAUAAAUGUGUAGUCUGGAGAAUAAUCAGAGGUCAAGCCUUCAAAAAGCCUAUGACCUAUAUGUUCUUGCUGUUGCCACAGCAGCAAAGCAGGUCUCUGCAUGGUACUGUUUCUUGGUUAUCAGUAGGUUGUCAAGUGGUGUAAGCUGUACGUGCUGUGGCCUGUGAUUUCUGACUGAAGUCCCCAAAGUAAACACUCUGUUUUUACAAACCAAAUUUAAAUUUAGAAACCAAAUUUACUGGAAGGUUAGGUUCCCACGGCUGCUUGUCUUUAACCCCUUUAUAAACUUUUGUGAACAAUACAUGAACAGAAACUCCUUUAAAUGUUUUUUGCUUUUAUAUUUCAAUAAAAUAUCCGUACUGUUGAUGCACUGAUAAACAGUUAUGGUUGUAAUUUGUCAAUUUGUGUGUAUUGACCCUUCAACAAUAAGAGCAGUCAGUUUAUUUGCAUGUCAUAUGUCAUCUGCUGGUGUGAAAGAAAUCUAUUGUUCAUUGGAAAGUGACCAUUGCACAUCUCUGUUAAUCAUAUCUUAGCUCAAGUUACAGAAUUAGUCAAUGGGCUUUACAUGCGUUAUUUUGGUGGAAGCACAAGGUGGUU